CUAACGCGUGGUUCGCACUACAAAAAAGAAGAUGACGCUGAUUUUUUAUCAUUGAAACGUUUUUUAAGCCACUAAACUAAGAAAAAUAGCUGAAUAAAAAACUGGUGCGUGACAGAGAAGAGUGGGUGAAUCGCAGCAGAGCAAGCGCAUCAUAAUCAGCGCGCAAAUCAAAGUGAAAACCGUCGAAUAACCGGAGGCAAUGCAGCAAACUAAUGCGGCUUCUGGCGGGGAUGCACUGCUCCCAUUGCGCGCCUGCAGCACGGCCGGAUGUAAAGUGGCCACCGUGGUGGAGAAGACGAAGCGGAAGUGCUCCCAGUUCGUGUCCGCACCGUAUAUAAUGCCCAAGCCACUGGUCGUCAAUGGGCACACAUCGAUCUUUCAAGUGGGCGGCGAGAUGGCCAAGAUGGGCGACAUUCCAACGCUGUCGCAAAUGAGCGGUGGUGAUGGUGGUCAGCUGAUAUACCGGAUAAAGCCGGGCACCCAUGCCCAUGUCGUCAACUAUGUGCUCAUCGACGAGGGCUCCGAUUCGCUGGAGAAGGCCAGAUCCGGCGACCAGGAGGCCAUGCGUCUGCUGCUGGAAUCGCAGCGCGACAGCGCCGUGUCCAAGCUGCAGAAGCUGAUAGCCAACCAUAAGGCAGGUCCGCCCUCGGGCUUUGUGGCGCAUCCCUCGCUAAGGGCAUCGCGGCCAGCGGCCUCCUCCUCAACGCCUGGCGGCACCUCCGUGGCCACCGGCCAUGUGACCACUCCUCAAAUCCAUCCGGACUUCUCCAUCGCCAGCGUGGAGGGUGCGGUUCCCUUUACUCGCGCCGUUCCACCCUCCGUGGUGAAUCCCUUAACUUCAGCUCCAGCUCCAGCUCCUUCCGUCGCUCCAGCAGCUGUCAGUGCCGUGCAAGCCGACCCCGUGGAUCGCCUCCAGGCGGAGCUCGUCGAGCUGCGACGCACGGUGGCGCGCUUGGAGGAGAAUAGUCGCCGCUAGAUGACCGACUCUCCUUUGCGAGGGGAUACUUUAGUUCAGCCAAAAACGCUUGGGGCAACCUUAAUGCGCCCCACCUUAAAUAUAGUUAAUCUAAGCCACUGAGACAUUGUAAAUUCAAAUAAAUUGUGUAUUACGGUA